CUUAUUGUUCAGAGGCUACCUCCAGGCGUGGCGUCAGAUGCAUCGCGUGUCGAUCUCCAGUCAGUCAUUCAUUCCAGCCACGGGGACAUUCGAGCAGCGAUCAACAGCCUUCGCUUUGCUGUCUGCCGACCGGCCGUCUCGCUGCAGGACUGCGAAAAGGACGUGAAGCUGGUGCUCUUCCACGCCCUCGGUAAAUUCCUUUACGGCAGGUGUCUCCGGGAGACACCUCCGAACACCUGUUUGGUAAAUCCACCAGCGGCCCUUGACCCAGAGCUGAUCGACCGCCUUACUCCGGAAGACAUCUUGCAGCUGAGCGGCACCGAUGACGGACUCUUCAUACUGUUCCUGCACGAAAAUUACUUGGAUCUACGCAGCAGUUUGGACGACGUGGUGGCCAUUUCCGAUGACUUGAGCAUCGCAGACCGAUUGUCCGAGCCUUGGUGCUUCAAGGAAGCCUGUGGCCUUUACUCAGGUACACAGCUGUGUCGAGUGUAA